ACCCCACUGUGUUUGCUUCAUUAUGUUGCAUGUUUAUUACAUAGAGGUCAAACAAUGAAAAAACAACAUGAACUGCAGUUAUAAUGUUCCCCACAAGGUGGCAAUGUAAUCUACAAUAGCUGGAACGCACACACACAGGAAGUGUUAGGGGCAGACAGGAAGUGAUGUCAGGUACCAACAGGAAGUUCUGGUUGAGAGACGCGCUCAAAGAAAAUAGAGAGGAGACAUUGUUGGAACUGGCAGCAGAGGAGAGAGGAGUGUCCUGUAUAGAUCACAUGACCACAUCAAUGAGGAUGGAGAAGGACUGGAAUCACAUGACUGGGAAGAUAAUGGACCUCACCCUGGAGAUCAUCUACCUGCUGACCGGAGAGGAUCAUACGGUAGUGAAGAAAACAUCUGGUGGGCCAUUGACACCCAAAAGCGGCCUUCACAGGACAUCACCCAUCACAGUGUCUCCACCUCAAUGCCAAAGAAUGCCAAAAAAAAACAAUGCUAAGAAAGUUCUUGAUGUCACCAAGAAGAUCAUUGAACUGCUGACAGGAGAGGAUGUCACGGUCUCUCUGAAGGCAUAUUUGGAAGGACCCAAGCACCUCUCGAAGGACGCCUCGACGAAGAAUCAGCCGCCCCUCACAUCACCGGAUGGAUCCAGUAACAGAAACCCACCAGAGAGAUGUCCCUGUCCUCUGGAUUCCACGCAGGAAGAUAACACCAUCCCUGACCAUGUUCCGGAUGAAGACAUUGUUACCAUGAAAAUCAAUAUUAAAGGGGAAAAUGAAAAUGACACGGAUGAUGAAGUGACCACCGUGACAAUUAAAGAGGAGGAAUCUGAUCAAGAAGACAUCGGCACGGACGGACACUAUCUCCAGAAUCCAUCAGAGGAAUCUUCUGAUAAUCCACAAAAUCUGACUUCAAAUAGAUCAAAAGAUCCAUCCAAUGCCAAGGAAUCUUCUUCGAGCUGUAAAGGAGUUCAAAAUGGCGAGGACCCGUCUUGUCUGGCGUGUGGGAAAACAUUUAAAACUAUAUCUGAACUGCUAGUCCAUCUUAAAUCUCACACCAAUUUGCCUGCGACACAAUCGGAGCCUGAAAAAUAUGAACUUUUUGCGCACCACACAUGUGCUCGUCCUCAUUCAUGUUCGUUUUGCGGGAAAAGUUUCUACGAGAAAGGAAAACUUGUUAUUCAUGAGAAAAUUCACACAGGUGAGCGGCCUUACUCGUGCUCGGAGUGCGGGAAAUGUUUCCUUCGGAAGGCAGAACAUCGUAUACACCAGAGAAUUCACACAGGGGAGCGUCCCUAUUCGUGUUCAGAGUGUGGGAAAAAUUUCUCACGGAAAACGGACCUUCUCACACACCAGAGAAUUCACACAGGUGAAAGUCCUUAUUCCUGUUCUUAUUGUGGAAAACGUUUCAAUGUGAAAACAAACCUGAUUACACACGAGAGAAGUCACACUGGGGAGCGUCCUUUUUCAUGCUCGGAGUGCGGGAAAUGUUUUACACGGAAAACAAGCCUACUUAAUCAUCAGGAAAAACACAAAGACGAAGGUUCUUUUUCAUGCCCAGAGUGUGGGAAAGGUUUUACACGGAAAGGAAAUCUAAUUAGACAUCAGAGAACACACACAUUAUCUGAGAGUCCCCACCCUAGUCCCCCCCUUACAUCAGGAUCCCCACCCUAGUCCCCCCCCCUUACAUCAGGAUCCCCAUCCUAGU